GUAUAUAAACCCAAAGAACAGGCAAGACCUUCAGACCGUUGGAGAGACUCUUGGAACACACGGACUUAGAAACUCUUCCCAUUGACACUCGGAUAAUCGGCGACAAUGGCUACUGCAGAUUUUAGUACCAACGUGAAGAAGGUCGCCCAUGCAUUGGGCACCAGUUUGACAGACCACGACAUAUCCCUCAUGCCCUCUGAACUGAGACUUAAAGGUGUGUUUGACUACCAGAAAUUUUUUGAGUACAUGCGUAACGUCAAGAAAUCAGAGCGCUGUGAUGAAGCAAUCCUCAAUGCAUUCAAAACCCUGGAUAAAGACAAGAGUGGCUACAUUGAAUGGAAUGAGAUUAAGUACAUCCUUUCCGCGAUUCCCAGCUCUGCGCCCUUCGCGCCUCUAUCAGACGAAGAGGCUGAUGCCAUCAUCCAAGCAGCUGACGUAGAUGGAGAUGGAAGAAUUGAUUUUCAAGAGUUUGAGGCGAUGGUCAAAGAAGAGAAGCUGCCAAAGAAGAAGUGAGACCAGAAGCAGCCAUGAGAGUCUGGCAGGAAGUGCAGAGCAGUGGCUCUGAGAGCAAAGAGGCUUUGCGCUUCCUGGGACGUCUGUCUUUGUGCUUCUGCGUUUCUUGCCAACCUCUUUCAAAUUCGAGAGCCGCAUAGCCAUGGCAACAGCUAAGCUGACCAGAUCCUUUCAUUGCGAACCUGUUGACACGAAUGGAGACCGACCGGGUUGAAGCCAGACUCCUGGUGACCAGUCCCCCUGCGCCAAUGUCACGCACAAAUGCACCCACGCACCCACACUCAUGUCGGCAGGCGCAGACCCGAAUGCACGCACGCACGCAGGUACGCACGCGCACGCAAGCACACACGUGAACACUUACACGCCAGGAGUACAUUGAAUAAAAUGGGGUAGUUUUAAAAUAAAAAUCAUCCACCUUGCAUUUGA